UUGGCUGACGCGUAGCGGGAGCACGCAUGCGCACCUUCUCGCGCUCGAGUACUGUCUCGCAGGUGUUGUUCUUUGGCCUUCAUUCUUUCCGUAGAACCAUACUUUUUAAUCCCAGUUCACAAUGUUCCCGGAACUCAACAACCUUCUCAGCACUACCCCAGACAGGCCCGAGCAGGGGAAACUGACUCUACUCUGUGAUGCCAAGACAGAUGGCAGCUUUCUUGUGCAUCACUUCCUGUCCUUCUAUCUCAAAGCUAAUUGUAAAGUCUGCUUUGUGGCACUCGUCCAGUCCUUCAGCCACUACAAUAUUGUGGGACAGAAGCUGGGUGUCAGCCUGACAGCAGCACGGGAGCGUGGGCAGCUUGUGUUCCUGGAGGGCCUCAAGUCCUCUGCGGACAUCCUCUUCCAUGCUCAGGACCAGGAGCCGCACCCCCUGCAGUUUCUCAGGGAGGCCAGCGCAGGGAACUUACAGUCGCUGUAUGAGUUUGUACAGGCCACCCUGAACCCUGUGGACAGUGGGGAGACUGCAUGGAAGUACCCUGUGCUGUUGGUGGACAACCUCAGUGUGCUGCUGAGCCUGGGCGUGGGGCCAGUGGCCGUGCUGGACUUCAUGCAGUACUGCAGAGCCACGGUGUGCUGCGAACUGAAGGGAAAUAUAGUAGCCCUUGUGCAUGACAACAGUGACGCGGAGGAUGAGGAGAGCAACAUCCUGCUGAAUGGCCUCAGUCAUCAAAGCCACCUGAUCCUUCGGGCUGAGGGCCUGGCCACUGGAUUCUGCAAGGACGUGCAUGGGCAGCUGAGCAUCCUCUGGAGGAGGUCAUCACAGCCCACAGCCCAGCGGGACCGAAGUCUCACUUACCAAUACAAGAUACAGGAUAAGAAUGUAUCCUUUUUUGCCAAAGGAAUGUCUUCUGCUGUUCUGUGACCUGAUUUGAGGACAACUAAAGUGACUUGGGACAGUUUUAGAUGUGGACGAUAAAGCAACUGAGCAGGCAUGGGCCUUCAGGCUGGACUAUAGCCCUUCUGUGACCAGGGAGGACGCAAUGGAGCCAUCGGGCGUGAGCACCUUUGUCCCCUGGGCUCUGUUCAGGAAGUACAGUGAAGAAUCUGCGCAGGCCUCUGCUGAGAGAAGCUGCAUGGUGACCCCCUCGGCCCUUUGGAGCGUCCCAUGUAACCAGCCUCAACUGCCUGUUUUUGGAGGUUGUGCCGUUAAGAGCCACUGCAGGUAGGAUGAGGCAGUCAGGAAGUUGUCCUGACUGGCAGGCAUCCUGGCUGACAACCAGGAUAAUGAUGGCUG